CUGAGCGAGGCGCGUCUCGAGAAAGAGCGCGUUCCGCUGCGGGCGAAUUUAUUACUCAGCCCGAGUUCAAGAUGGCGACGAGCGGUGACGUACUCAAGAUCUCGUGAGAGCGCGAACGGGCGCGAUUUGGAAGCGCCCGCGCUUCCGCCUAAGGGGAGGGGGCAGAGGCGGUGCCUCCCACAGAGCGCGCGACUUUGGAGGUGAACGAGAGGCGAGGAGGUGGGGCGAAGACAAAAAGGACACAAGAAGUGGAAAUCAGAGAUGAAGGCUUUUCAGGCCGUUUGCAGGCAGCUCAGGCCUUCCAAGGGGUUCCCUGGGGAACCAGCUCCCCGGGUGAAUUUCUUCACUUCCUCUUACUGCUUUGGCCGGAAGAAAAAGGUGAACCCUUACGAAGAAGUGGACCAAGAAAAAUACUCUGAUUUAGUACGCUCUGUGUUGUCAUGCAGAGGCUCUGCCCAGACCCCAGAAUCUCUGUUUGAGGAAGACGCUUUGCUCUACGGACCUGUCAGUAAGCGUCAGCCCCCUAAGCAGGAUGAGGAGGCCAGAGUUCCGCGAAACUGGUUUCCGAUCUUCAAUCCGGAGAGGGGCGUGAGACCCGAUGCAAGCGACCCUUCGGCUCCUCUGAAAAUCCCCUUGCAAAAGAAAGUGAUUCCGAGUGUGACCCGGAUCCUUCAGCACACCAUGACACCACAACAAGUUUUCUAUUUGGAGAGGUGGAAACAGCGGAUGAUUCUGGAACUGGGAGAAGAUGGCUUUGCAGAAUAUACUUCAAACAUUUUCUUGCAAGGGAGACGGUUCCAUGAAGCCUUAGAAAGCAUACUUCUACCCCAGGGGAACUCCCAAGGGAGAGGUGAGGAUCUCCUCGAAAGUGGCUACAUCGAAAGUGUCCAGCACGUUCUGAAAGACGUCAGUGGAGUGCGAGCUCUGGAAAGCGCAGUUCAACAUGAGACCUUGAAGUACGCGGGUCUGCUGGACUGUGUGGCUGAGUAUCAGGGCAAGCUGUGUGUGAUUGAUUGGAAGACAUCAGAAAAACCAAAGCCUUUUCUCCGAAAUACAUUUGACAACCCACUGCAAGUUGUGGCAUACGUGGGAGCCAUAAACUAUGACGCCAACUAUAGCUUCCAGGUUCAGUGUGGCUUGAUUGUGGUGGCCUACAAGGACGGAUCCCCUGCCCACCCACAUUUCAUGGAUGCAGAACUCUGUGCCCAGUACUGGGCCAAGUGGCUGCUUCGACUAGAAGAAUACACAGAAAAGAAGAGCCAGAAUGUUCAGAAACCAGGUUAGGGGCAGGAGGCAGGGCGCCAUUUGGAAACGUUGCAGCACAUUCCUGUAGCUCGAGAAGAUACACUGCUGUUUAUUGUGAUCUAAAGAUGGAGGUGCCGCUGGAGCCGAGAGCUACACCAGCGUAAGCAGAAGUACUAAUUUGUUGAAUGUUAUUGCUACCAAAAAGACAGAAAAGCCUAGAUCUGGAGAGCUGUAGUUUAGUACGUUAAGUACCAACUGUGCUACCUCUAUUGUUGACCUGAGGAGAGGACCAGUCUGAUUGGCGGUCACCUUGGUGUCUUUGUGUCUCCCGGGCAGGAUGCCCAGCCUUUGAGUUGAGAGCGGAAGGCAGUGAGGCUUGGCGUGCCAAGCAUUUCCCCAGGGCUCACAGGGAGGGAAGCACCGCGUACCCCUUCGGGUGUGUGUGGAGGGUGAACACACAUCAGCCAACCAGCCCUACCAGUCCUCUCCCAAAACGUGGGGCUUGCUCCAGUUUCCACUGGGGGAAAAACAACAUUUUGAAAAGAACUCUGUGUGUGAUUGCUUCGCCUUGAGUAAGUGCUGCUGUGUAGAAAGACGGAGCAUAUUUGCUGUGUUCCUUUGUAGUAUCCCUUGGUGCACCCUCAAAUGCCCACAGCUGUGGCCAGGGCUCAGUCUGCAGAAGGCCACUGUGGGUGUUUUAGUGACAGUUUCUGCUCUGUACGCAGGAAAUUUGCCAUCUGACAUUUUUCAGCUACCAGAGGAACAAAGAAAUCCAUUAGCUUUUACGCCUGUGUUUGAUAUAUAAUAAGAAGUAUUACUAGUCAUUGGUACUCAUUAUUAGGUUUUUGAAACCUAAUAAGUGCCCAUUGUAGCCCUGGGGUAGGGUUUCCUACUUUAUGAAGUGGGUCUGUUAGCAUUUAAGUUGGUGCCUUAAAGUUGUAGAUUGAUUGCUGUGAUCACUUUUUUUUUCUUUUGUUAGUCAUUGUUUAUAAGAAAUAAAAUGCAAGAUAUGAGCAAUGAGGCUU